GACAAGGGUCCUUUAAACCCCUAGCAUCUAAAAUCACUUUAAAUGCAAAACAUUGCAUCACUUGUGGUUGCCAAGGCAAACCCGAAGAAAAUCUGUUUACAUUCAGAUUAAUACGUCUCUUCAAAUUUAAAAAAUAUAUCUUCAAGCUGCUAGCUGCCUGUCUUUCGCCUUUAAUCUAGUACCAUCAAGACAGAAUGAGCUCUCUCCAGCAGCAGCAACAGCCCUUUGCGUUACCUUCACCGUGGUCCGUCCAGAGUCGACUAUCAGAACAGACUGGUAACCAAAGAGGGCCACCAAAGAUAUGUGACUCUGAAGCACAGAUGGCUUACCGGGCAAGGCAAAACAUUGAAACCCGUCAAGAUAUGGCGAGAAGAUUUCUGCAAUACAAGGCUCAAGGAAUCUCCAAUGAAUAUGAAGUCACUGUAACCUCAGAGCCUGAGUCAGAGGAUGAGAUAAUCUCCCUCACUGUACAGAAGAAAAGGAAACUUGUGCCAAUAACAGUGAAGAAUUCUGGCCCCAUCGCUGUCGAUUUCAGUUUUUUUGCUUUAUACUUUGUAAACAAUAUUUUCACUGUCAAAGACUGUAAUGGAAAUGAUGUCCAGACCAUCAAGCAGUACACUCUUGAAUCAGGAGAGUCGUAUGAUAUCAAGAUCAAGUUUCAUUCCAAACAUGCAGGUUUCUUUGACAUGUUACUGAUUUUUAAGUUUGAAACACGUGAGCCAUCAUCAGAUAAAUUCCAUAUUAUGCGCCUCAUAGAAGUGAGUUAUUUGACAUCUUGCAGUAAAGAGCUGGAACCAACAACAGCUAAAAAGGCAUCAUGUGACCUACAGCCUGUGCAGUGGGCACCUCAAAGCGAUGUGCUGAGGUUUCUUGUACUGACGCUGGAUUUGAGGACUUACAAAAUGCCCCCAAAUAUAGAUGACUUCAGCAGUUCUGAGAGGACUCUGCAGACACCUCUGAACUGGAAGAACUACGCUGAUAGGUUCCACUUGCUCCUGCAUCUUGAGGAGUUUGAGCAGCAGAGUGAAGCAGACAAAUUCUUCCAAGAGUCUGUGACCAUUUCCAGUCCCAGCAGAGGCCUUUAUGCUGUGCAGGUCCCCAUUCUCUCCAAGAACACAGCAUUUAGGCUACCGGGGUGCCUGGUGCACGUAACUCUUCUAGAUCAGCAAGAAAUUGGACAUCAGAUGAAUUACAAAGGCUUGGUCUGUCAUGUGGAUGGAGACCAGGUGUACCUGAAACUCAGCGAAAAGCCUCAGCAUUCCAUAGAUGGCAUGACAGUUAGUGUGAAGUUUACCAUCAACCGUACUCCCCUGCGUUGUGAGCAUAGAUCAGCAGCACUGGUGAAAAAAUUCGGACUGAGGGAAGUGCUGUUUCCUACCGGCAAUCUCUCUCCUCACCAUUCACGUCUGCACAGACUGGAAGAGACAGGCAACAACCCGGAGCAGGACGCCGCAAUUCAACACAUUGUGGCUACUACUGCGAUGCCAGCUCCCUACCUUAUUUUUGGUCCUCCUGGUACAGGCAAAACAGUAACUUUGGUGAAAGCCAUCCAGCAGAUUGUGGUAACCAAGCCCUUAUGCAACAUCCUGGUUUGCGCUCCUUCUAACAGUGCAACUGAUCAUCUUUGUGAAAAGAUAGUGGAAGCAGUGUCGGAAAAGUCGGAGGUGUAUCGCUUCUAUUCCCUUUGCUCUGGUACUAAAGUUAUCUCUCAAAAAAGACAGUUUGCCAGCAACUUAGAUCACCACAAAAACCAAAUAAUCCUUCCCUCAAGAGCACAGCUGAUGCAGUAUAAAAUCAUGGUAACCACCCUUAACGCUGCAGGAAGGUUGGUGUCAGGAGGGAUUCCUCCAGAUCAUUACUCAUACAUCUUUGUGGAUGAGGCCGGCCAAGCAACAGAAACAGCCAGCAUCAUCCCUAUAGCAGGUUUAUUCAAACUAAGGACAUGCCAGGUAGUGCUGGCUGGAGACCCUAAGCAGUUAGGUCCUAUCAUUACAUCCAGGCUGGCAAAGAAAUAUGGCUUGGGUUUGUCCCUUUUGGAGCGUCUGAUGAAAGAUUUUAAACUUUACAAGCAACAUGACAUACUUGGGUUCAACAGCCGCUUUGUCACCAAGUUGCUGAGGAACUACAGGUCCCACCCUGCCAUUCUGAAAAUUCCCAAUGAGCUGUUUUAUAAAGGAGAACUUCAGCCUUAUGCGCCGCAGGAGAAAUAUAGUCGAUACUGCAAAUGGGAACUCCUUCAAAAGGAAGAUUUCCCUUUAAUCUUCCAUGGAGUCGCAGGCUCUAAUGAACGUGAUGAAGACUGCCCGUCUAUUUAUAACAUGGCAGAGGUGGAGGUGCUGCUUGAAUACUUGAAAACCAUUAUUGAACAUCUUCACAGAAAGGGUGUAACUGAAAUUGGACCCAAUGAAAUUGGAAUCAUUGCCCCAUACAGAAAACAAGUGGAAAAAAUCCAAAAUGCUCUUCAGACUGACAAGGAUCUCUGCAAGAAAAACUUGGAAAACAUAAUGGUUGGUACAGUGGAGAGGUUUCAGGGUAAAGAGGCCCAGGUGAUUCUGAUGUCUGCAGUGCGCAGCAUUCCUAAACUGACUGAUCCCAAACAGAGAUACUCUAUAGGCUUUGUUGACAGCGGGAAGAGAUUCAAUGUGGCCAUGACCAGAGCACAGGCCUUACUGAUUGUAGUCGGAGACCCAAGAAUUUUAAAAAUUGACCCAUUAUGGAACAAAUUGAUCCACUACUGCUACAUGGAAGGGGGUUAUCGUGGCAUUUCACUGUCUGAUGAGGAAGAAAAAGGAGAGGAGGAAGAUAUACUGGCAGAUGAUCACACACCAAGCCUCUGUGAGGAAUGAUCCACAACGGAGGACUUUGAUCAACAAAGCCAACACUCCCUCUGCCCUCAUCUCUGGCACAUGUAUAAUAAAACAAAGUAUUCGAA